AUGGCAGAAGGUGCUGUGUUGGGCCUGAGCGAUUCAGUGGACCAGCAGAUUCUCCAGGCGGUCGUGCAGGGAGAUGUGCAGGAGCUCGCCAUACUUCUGCGCAACUUUGGCAAAGAUCCAUCUUCCAUCAUCGGCAAGAAGGGCCGCACGCCCCUCCACUUUGGCUGCCUCAACGGCAAUGCAGCCUGCGUCACUCUGCUCCUCACCAUCGUCCAAACUGUGGAUUCAGAGGAUGCCAAACACAAGACCCCUCUUGCCCUUGCUGCCAAGCGUGGGUUCAACAAGGUUAUCGAGUUGCUCUUGGCACGAGGGGCCAACCUGAACACUCGUGAUGAGAACGGCAACACGCCAAUCCAUCAAGCGUCGUAUCACGGUCAGAAAGCCACCGUUGAGUUGCUGGUGAAGCACGGCGCCCAGCCCAACGUGCCUAACGACAUCGAGUCAGCACCGCUCCACUUCGCUGCAAUGUGUGGUCAUCACGGCGUGUGCGAGGCUUUGAUUCAAGCUGGCGCAGACGUCAACAUGAAGAACAAGAACGCGACCACCCCCUUGCACCUGGCCGCCCGAAACGGCUACGUCGAGUGCUGUAAGGCAUGUCCCCCCUUCCGGCCCAAGAAACUGCACUAUGCUGAUGUUAAUAGCGUCGAUCCGUACAACCAAAUUCCCCUCCACCUUGCUGCCCGCACUGGCCACUAUGACUGCCUGCAGGUGAUGUUGGAGGAUGGCGCCGAGGUGAAUGCGCAGGACAUGGAGGGCAACACCCCUUUCGAUUGGGCGGACGACUACGGACACGGCGAGUGUGCUGUGCUGUUGUGGCGCAGGGGAGCGCAGAUCAAGACACAAACAGGAAAGCAGACCAUGCAAUGGCGACGGCCGUGGGGAGGUCGUGAGCGGCCCACCAUGCGGUGA